ACAUAGCCUGUUGGGAUUUGCGUUGACUGUCCAACACCCUUCGAAUAAGAACAGAAAAGUUGCGGUGAAGUGAGAUUUGGAUAUGUGUGUCCGGAAAGCGGCCAUUGUAUCCAGACGUUUCAGUUUCUUGGGUCUCAGUAAUAAUCUCGCAUUGAUUCUUUGUUGGAAAGGCUCUUGAGUUGGUUGUAACAUCUCUUUCAACAAGAUUCUAGUCACUAAGAAACCCCCUGCUCCGAGUUGUCUGCCUGCUUGGACCUUCGAUUGAGACUAGACGAAGAUGGUUCAGAAGCUUGAAGCUAUAAAGGGUGGUGGAGGAUCCAUCAGGGUAGGGGCCACCGGGACAGUCAGUUCCCUAAUGACAAGAGAACUAGACUCCAUCAAGGUUGAACCUCCGAUGCCUAUAGCUUCUUCCCGAAUUAAACAUCAAACAGCUCCUGUUUCUGUUCCAUGUGGUGUUCCUACUCCAAAAAAGCUACCAAGGAAGUCAUCUGACGAAGCCAGCAGCAGUGGAAGCAGCAACCACAUGAAUCAGAGACACCCUGACAUUCCCCAGAAACUGAAAACUCAUCUGAAAACUACUAGUCAAAUUCCGAUGCUUGACUCUCAUAAUAUUGGUAUGGAUAAAACUCCUAUUAGGCAGAAAGCUAACAAGAAAGGACCUAAUAUCGUUGAAGUUGUGGACAUCAAAUGUGGGGGCUCGGGUAGAGCGUGGGCUGGCCCUGUAACGAAUCGGCUCAAGAAGCUGAGCUUCUCAAAGCUCUCUGAGAGUGUUGUCUAACCUGGUAAUUUCUUCACAUCAGAUCUUAGAUUCCUGUAACUGUAUACAGAAAUUCCAAUUGGCCGAUUGUUGUCUGCAACGUCCACCAUAGAACAUAUGCUUGGUAGGAGCCCGGUGCCUCUCUUUUUCUUCUUUUGUGUUUUUACCACUGAGUCAAAAGUGGGUCUCAAAUGACUACUUGAGGAAACAAUACUUGUAAUUGGGGGCUGAGGCUUAUGUGAGCUACAUUCACUGCUUAAUUCGAGCUGGUUGAAGUACUCGAUUUCUCUCAUUAUGAGGGAUCCAACUGUGCCUUUGGUGCCUACUUCAGCAGGAGCAUAUGCCGCCAUUUUUGCAGCAUCUCUUGUGGCAAUGGCUCUGGUUUUAUACAUCUUCUGGUCUGCUCGAAGGGAGUUGGCGGCUUGAGGCUGAAGAGAAGUGGUUUUCCGUCCAGUCUUGGUGGGGAAAUUGCUUUGUCUUUGGGACAUUUGGUCUUAAGCUUUGGUCACUCACAAGGUUUCUUUACCUUAUAUUCUAUCUAAAGUGAACUGAACUUGUAGAGUAGGUGGUGAUAUUAUCACUGUAUUCAUGUGCUUGUAGUUAAAAAUUUAACUCACCUGCACCUCUUUAACCACUUGGGUUAUAUCAUUUACUUGUAAUUUGCCCUACUUGGAUUAAGACUGGGGCAUCCAAUCUUCUAUUUAGUUUGAUAUAUUAUUUGCACUGAUGAAACAUGGUGAUUUGGGUUA